AUGGCGGCGCGUGCGGGAGGGCUGCUGCCGCCGCGGCUGCUGCUGCCUCUGCUGGUGGGGCUGGGGCUGGGGGUCGGGCUGGUGUGGGGCGCCUCCUCGGCCUCGGCUUCUCCGUGGGCGGGGUCGGGCGGGUCGGGCGGGGGGCGCGGGGCGCGGGGCGGGGGGGCGCCCCCGGCGGAGGACCCCCGCCCGCCGCCCCGCCCCCACCAGCACCCCCACUCCUCUUACGGCACCUUCGCCAGCGAGCUCCGCGACCUGCGCUUCCUCUCCGACGAGGGUUAUCCAUUCCCUACAGCUCCUCCAGUGGAUCCAUUUGCAAAAAUUAGAGUGGAUGACUGUGGAAAAACAAAAGGAUGCUUUAGGUAUGGGAAACCAGGGUGUAAUGCAGAGACUUGUGACUACUUCCUCAGCUAUCGCAGAAUAGGCGCUGAUAUUGAGUUUGAGCUGAGUGCUGAAACAGAUGGCUGGGUGGCCGUGGGAUUUUCCUCAGAUAAGAAAAUGGGUGGAGAUGAUGUCAUGGCCUGUGUUCAUGAUGACAACGGAAGAGUCCGAAUACAUCACUUCUAUAAUGUAGGCCAAUGGGCAAAAGAGAUUGAAAGGAAUCCUGCCAGAGAUGAAGAAGGUAUUUUUGAAAACAACCGUGUAACAUGUAGAUUCAAGCGUCCUGUGAAGGUUCCCAGGGAUGAAACUAUUGUAGAUCUUCAUCUGAGUUGGUACUAUUUAUUUGCUUGGGGCUCAGCAAUUCAAGGUUCUAUUACUCGGCAUGACAUAGACUCUCCCCCUGUCUCCGAGCGCGUGGUCAGUAUUUACAAGUAUGAAGAUAUUUUUAUGCCGUCAGCUGCCUACCAGACCUUCUCUUCCCCAUUCUGCUUGCUGCUUAUUGUUGCACUGACAUUUUAUUUAUUGAUGGGAACCCCAUGA